AUGGCUGCUGCCGCCGUUCGCAUCGCCAAGGUUGAGUUCAGCAAGCACUCCACAACACUGGUAGCAGCCAGCCAUGGCUUCCCUGCAGGCGCACGGAUAAAGGUGGAAGGGCUGCCGGAACUGCAGCGAGAGACCUUCAUAGUUAAUUGGUCAACAGACGGCCGAUUCUCGAUCUGGCGCAACAUUUGCGUGGAGAUUUCCAGUGUGGACCCGUCCGAAUCUAUCGUCCGUACAAGGAGCCCACAUCAAAUCAGUAGUUUUUUGGAUAAUGUUACGCUGCACGUUUUCGACACCGACGUCCACCUUAUGGUCGAAAAGGCUUUCCAUAUCAAUGAGGUUGUUGACGAUUGUUCUGUGCGCCUCAGGGCUUGGUGUGGUGAUCAGAGGACAUGGUACCCAGCAAGGCUAUCUGCCAAUUGGGCCGGCGGAUCGUUGAGUAUGAAGCAUUGCGACGUGGUUCUGUCGCAGUCACAAUGCACAGGCUCUGGUGUUGCAACGCUCGCUUGUCGGCCACCCGUCUCUGAAGAGUCAUGCAUUCAAGACUGGCGCGAGGCAUUGCGGGCAGUGCGGGGAUGCGUCAGCAAAGAGGUGCCGCCUGCAACGCAGGCUGCGCUUCCAGGGUCACCGCUGCUACACGUCCAGCAUUGUGGAUGGGAGCACUGCAUUGGUAUUUUCCAGCGCACCAGCGAGAUGAAGUUCGAGUUGGGGCCGUUAGUGUCCGUCGUCUAUGUGGAGCAACUUCAGAUGUGGUGCCUCCUCGCCGACGUUGAGGCCGUCUACCCUUUGUGUGAGCGGCGCUGGGAUUUGGGACUGAAAGACUUUGAUGGUCCUCAGCUUCUCUACAUUCGCGCAGCAAGUCCACUCGGUCGCUGGGAGCCUGUGAUUGGCCCAGGGCCAGGUCCUCUUGUCAGCAUCUACAAAGAGGUGACGAUCGUGCAACCAGCUUCAAGGCAGACAUCCAUGCUAAUGCAUCCUAGCAGCUGUUUGGUUUUGGAUAUGCUCCUCAACUACACUCACGCAGAUUGGCGGGGUGGGCUCCAUUCAAACAACAUUUGGGGUCUGAGCUCCCUGGAAGCAAUCUUGACCGCAGUCCGCUUAUGGCGAGAGCUUCGUGUAUGUUCCGCCGUGUGCCGGCCAUGGCAAGCCGCUCUGAAGCCGUUCGCUUCUCUAACUCGUGUGUGCUACCGCGCGCUGCGGAUACCAGACGGAAUCAGCUUGUCCAUGCCAUCCCUUCAAGACAUUGUUCGAACCAUUGUUUUGUCAGGAAACACAUGGAUGCAUGGUUUGAACAUGAUUCACUUGCCGAUAUUUCUGAAUCAUGCUUGGCCCGCACGUGUGUCGGCUGUGGAGCUUUCAGCUGAAAGAGGCAUUGAGGAAGAGCAUUUCUGGAGUGGACCAACGGCUCAAACUGUCAACAAGCAUGCAGUUGCUGCCUCCCAAGUUGCGCAGCAGAUGCUUCGUGGCGUGCCACUACCCUGGAAGGUGCGGCCACACACCACAAAAACUGAAACACGAGAUGGACGCAGAUUUGCAGGCUGCGACUUGCUAGAUUUUCAUCACGAGUUCAAACCGGAGAGAUCUGCAGCCGCAGUGUUCGUACAUGCAGACACCGACGGGCAGAUGCAAGUUUGCCUAGCCGAUGGCACCGAACUUCUUCCGCAUUCAACUGACGUGCUUGGCCCCUUGAUAAACCAGGGAAUAUCUGUAUCGGGGGUGACACGACGCUGGGCAUCAACCUAUCAUCAGCCUCGUGCAGACGGUGAGCCCUGCGGGCUUCCCUUUUGCGGAAAGUCGCGUCGUGCUCCUUGCCAUGUCUGCUCGAAAGAUAAAGAAGGCCGAACUCGACUGGGAGCUUCCCAGCUUUCAGGCGGAUAUCAGUUGCACUUCUUGACUGCAGAUGCUGCCGAGAUCACACUGGAAAUCUGCAUCGAUCUGAUUCCCUUCUUUGCAACUUCCAAGGACCCUUCACUCGUGGAACAGCUGCUGGCAGUUGUCCCCUGGGAAGAAGACGAGGAAGAAGAAGAAGGAGGCGAAGAAGCAGGCGAGGAAGCUGAGGAGGAAGAUGACUGGGACGAGGACGAGCCGGCACAGCCCGGACCUGGGGAAAGUCAUUUUCCCACUGCCCACGAUCUAUUUCAAGCCGGUGAUCUUGGCGAGUCUGUAAGGCCCCCGAGACGGCGCCUGGUGGGGAAACAGCGGCCCCCCGAGAGUUACCGAAGCUGA